AUGCUUAGGGAGCGGACACUGGGCAAUAGUCCCACCAGACUUAUAAAACAGCUGAGGGAGAACCAUGGUGAGGAGUGGCUUGACCGCUUGGCACACUAUAUGCAGGAGUGUGCUGGUUUUACCAACCGCCCUAGCCUCGUACCUGUUGUGUGUCAGAAGCCUCCAGAGCCCCUGGAUGUCCCUACUAGCAAGUGGCUGCUGUCUGUCUACGGGAGGGACAUUAUCAGCCGCCUGGACCACAUCAAGGCCAGCAUAACCUCCAUGUUUGGGACCAUUUUAAAAAUGGACUCAACAAAACAGAUCACAAAAAAGUUGGCAGGCACAGCCAGGGGAACAGCGCAGUGGGUGACCUCUGUUGGAAAUGAGAGAGGCCAAAUUCUCAUAAGCGUCCUGACUGCUCAGGAAGGGGGAGGACUGGACGCCAUGGUCUCUGGCCUGAUUAACAGGUACCGCCAGGCGGCCAUGGCUCCACCAGUGCUGCUGUAUGUGGACUGUGGCUGUUGCAUAGAGAAGGGGCAGAGCAAGCUACAGACCAGGUUUGGAGGAUGGCCUGACCUCAAUAUCAGGCUAGACAUCUGGCACUUCAUGCGUCGGCUGGCAGUGGGCUGCACCACUGAUGCUCAUCCUCUCUACCCAGUCUUCAUGUCACGUCUUUCGGCAUGCAUUUUUGAGUGGGACCCACAGGAUGUUGCUUUGUUGCGCCGGGCAAAGAGAGAACACCUGCAGGAAGAAGGUGUGCCUGUCAUCACCGAUAAACUGGUGAACCAGCGCAUUACAAAAAAAGAUCUGGCUCUCUAUUGCCGUCGGAGGACCCGUGGUGUGGAGUCCACAACCCGAGACAUUGACAGGCUUCUGCAGGAGCUCAUGGGGGAGAAGGGGAGAGAUCUGAUGGGCGUUCCUCUGCUGGACACAGUGAGGAUGGAGCACAUCUGGCGUGUUCAGAAAAGGCACGUUAAGUGCAUCCAGGAUCCGCCAGGUGUGUUUCUCUACACUGAGACAGGCACCACCACCAAGGGAGGGAUAGUCCUUACAAAGUACAGGUGUGCUAGGGGCUCGACCUCCCUUGAGUCUUUCCACUGCCACCUGAACAGGUUCAUUCCAGGAACCAGUGCUAACACACUGAAUUUUCACACCAAGACAGGGCCACAGCAUCAGUCACCAUGAAACCCUCCCCUCUUCUCACCUAUGCAGGGCAGGUGGUGCAAAGCAUCAACACCAACAGCCUGAAUAUUUUUGGAGAGAAGCUUGUGCCCACCUUCCAACCUCCUGCACAAUACACUGGGGAGCUAAUUGGAGUGGACUACCUACUAAGUCAGACCGGGCAGCCACUUCAGUCAGUGGAUGCUGACUCUGAGCAGACGGACCAGCUGCUGGAGGAAGUGAAUGUAGAAGAGCAGGAUGAGGGAUUU